AUGGCGCAUAGCUUCUUCGGAACCCCCGGUCCGCAGGCGAUCGCAAAGUCCGCAUACUUCCUGACGGUGUGUACCCUCGUCACCGGGCUCAGCACCCUCCUCUGGGUUCCCCUGAUGGUCAAGUUCGGGAGGCGGUAUGGAGCGAUAUGCGCGUAUACUCUGUAUGCGGCGGCCGCGGCGUGGUGUGCCUGCGCCCAGAGCUACGGUAGCAUGCUUGCUGCGCGGGCGAUGAUGGGGCUUACGACUGGUAUGUCGGACGUACUGGGGCCGCUGAUAAUCGCUGAUAUCUUCUUUGUGCAUGAGCGCGGGACGGUGAUGGCCUCGACGGUUGUGUCUAGCUCCGAGGACAAGAUGCACCCCGACGACGGCGGCUGUGUCGAGAUCCACGACCACCCAGCUCUACAGCGUCGGACUUGUACACGACCACCCAUGCUCAAGAUCAUCACCACCUUUCCUACAAGACGCUACACCAGAGAACCCUUCUGGAAGCUCAUGCUCCGCCCCAUCGCCCUCAUCAUCCUGCCCUCAGCGCUCUGGGCCUCCCUCGUCAUGGCCGUGACCAUCGGCUUCCUAAUCGCCAUGAUGAGCAACGUGUCGAGCGCGUUCACCUCCGUGUACGGGUUCUCAACAUGGCAGGUCGGCCUGUGCAUGCUCUCCAUCGUCAUCGGCGGCAGCAUCGCCGUGUGGAUGGGCGGGUCUCUAUCCGACAUCGUGGCGGACCGACUGACGCGCCGCAACGGCGGGAUCCGCGAGCCGGAGAUGCGCCUGCCCGUCAUGGUUUUGAGUCUCGUCGCCGGGCCGUUGGCGCUGAUUCUCGCCAUGCGAGGAUAA